GCAAUGUUGAUCCAAAGCUGAGGUUAAAUGUUCUGAAGAGUUUUCAUCAAAUUGAUUCAACUUUAAUCGAAUUGUUGUUUACUCGGUGAAAUGGUUUCAGAAGACAGGUGAAUUAGACAGAAAUGGGAGAAAGGUAAGAAUGGUGAAUACAGAAAAUGAUGAUAAAGAUGAUAAUGAUGAUGAGAAGAAAAAACGAGUAUAUUUGUCCCUCCUUCAACGUCUCUCUCUUCAUGAUGAUCGGAUGAAUACAAGUGAAAUGAACGAUCUAUCGUCAACUAAACUGCUCCUUCUCAUCAUCUUCAUCAUUCUCCCUUGUUCGUCUUCUCAUCUUCUUCUCUCUCUCUUUUUUUCAUUAUGCUUAUUUGGACCAAAAGUUAAUCCAAAACUAAGUUAUCACAGUUUUUUACCAAAUACAAUCACAGAUUGAAAAAUCAGUAAAAAGUGAGAACAAACAAUUUAUUACUAUUGUUAUAAUUCAUUGUAUUAUUAUAAUUAAACUGACUCUUUGUAUCUUCAUUUAACAAUAUAAUCAUCAUUAAUUAGGUAAAUCAUCGAUGAUUUUGGAUAAAGUUAAAAUUAAAUUGUCACUUGCUUUCAAUUUGUGUUUUUGUAUGUUUUUUCACAAUCAACUUUGAAAACUUCAUCUGGUCAUCAAUUGUUUUUGUUUGUUUGUUUGUUUUUAUUUCACCUUUUUAUGUUUGUGUAAUUUGUUUCAAUCAUAAUCAUCAUCAUUGUGUGUUAUCUGGUUAAUUGCUUUAACACAUUGACUAUUCUAAGGGAUUAAUUUGUGGAUUUAUUGAUAUAAAGUCAUCAAAGUCAUCAACUCUUCUGUGUUACCUUUAAACAAAAAGUCAACAAUUUAAAGGCCCACCUUUACUGAUAUAAAAAAAUAGAUAUAAAUAUACUCACAAUUUGCCCUGAAAUUUCAAUAUUGGGUUCCGUUAGUUCUGUUUAAUUUGCUUCAUGAUAAUGGCUAUUUCUGAUGAAAACAAUGAUGGUCAAUCCAUCUAUUAUCCAUCUGAUGAAUUCAAGGAAAAUGCUCACAUAUCAACCAUGGAUCAAUACAAGCGUCUCUAUAAGCGUUCAAUUGAAGAUCCAGAAGGCUUUUGGUCUGAAAUUGCUCAAGACUUUUACUUCAAAAAAGGGCCAAAUGGACCUUUCUAUCGGUACAAUUUCGACAUUCACAAAGGACCCAUUGAAAUCAAAUGGAUGGAAGGUGCCAUUACCAAUAUAACCUACAAUGUUGUUGAUCGAAUCAUUGAGAAAGGUCUUGGUGAACGAACGGCUUACAUUUGGGAGGGAACAGAACCUAAUCAAUAUCGGACAAUAACUUACAAUGAAUUGAGGCGACAAAUCUGCAAAUUUAGUAAUGUACUUAAAGCCAAAGGAAUCAAAAAAGGCGACCGAGUUGCUCUCUACAUGCCUGUCACCAUUGAAUUAGUGAUUGCCAUGCUUUCAUGUGCUCGAAUCGGAGCCAUUCAUUCAGUCAUCUUUGCAGGAUUUUCAGGUGAUGCUAUUGCCGAACGAAUAUUGGAUGCUCGUUCAAAAUUAUUGGUAACUUGUGAUGGUUGUUAUCGUGGAACUAAAUAUAUUCCGUUAAAAGAGUUGGCAGAUCAAGCUGUUCAAAAAUGUAAAGCUAAAAAUCAUUAUCUUGCUGCCGUUAUUGUAUAUCAUCACCUGAAGGAACCAGCAAGUCUAUCGCAUUCUGGAAAUGCAUCGAAAAACGAGAAAGUCGGAGGUAAAAAUGGCCUCAAUGUAGUUAAACCCAUUCCCAGUGCACUUGGAAUAAACGGUGCAAAUGGUAUUAAUAAUAUCAAUGGACUUAAAUGUAAUGAUAACAAGAAUAACGAGAUGAAAAGUAUGGUUAAUAGCAUUGAGGUUAAAAACAAUUCCUCAAAUGUUACUGUCAAUGGAACCAAUAAUCUAAACAAUUGCUCCAACAACAUUAAUACCAACAGCAGCACCCCUUCAAUCACUAUCGUUAAUAACAAUAUCAACAAUAUUAAAGAGGAAAAUGGUAAAGAGGAUAAAAUAACUGAAAAACCUAAAGAACAUCCAAUUAUUCCAUGGGAUCCUGAUCUUGAUUUCUGGUGGCAUGAACUGAUGAACACAGCAGAUGAUCAUUGUGAACCAGUUUGGGUUGAUGCUGAAGAUCCUUUAUUUAUUCUUUAUACAAGUGGUUCAACUGGAAAACCAAAGGGAGUUUUACACACUGUGGCUGGUUACAUGAUUUAUGCAGCAACCACCUUCAAGUAUAUCUUUAAUUACAACGGUGGAGACGUUUUCUUUUGCACUGCCGAUCUUGGCUGGAUUACUGGACACACUGUAAACGUUUAUGGUUCACUGGCCAAUGGAGCAACAAUUGUCCUCUUUGAUGGGACACCAUUUUAUCCUGAUGCUGGGCGACUUUGGCAAAUUGUUGAUACCCACAAUGUUAAUACCUUGUACACAGCUCCAACCGCAGUUCGAUCUCUAAUGAAGUAUGGAGAUAAAUUUGUGAAACAAUAUUCUCGAAAUUCCCUCAAACUCCUUGGAACUGCUGGUGAACCCAUCAAUGAAGAGGCUUGGGCUUGGUAUUUCAGGGUUGUUGGCAAUGGACGAUGUCCAAUUGUUGACACCUUUUGGCAAACUGAAACGGCUGCUCCUGUUAUAUCCACAUUACCCGGCUGUACACCAAUGAAACCAGGAUCAGCAUCAUUUCCGUUUUUCGGUGUUGUUCCUGCAAUUGUUAACGAUGAAGGCCGUGAAUUGACUGGUGCAUCUGAAGGUCAUCUCGUAUUCAAAAGACCUUGGCCUGCAUUAAUGCGAACAGUCGAUGGAAACCAUAAGCGAUUUGAAUAUACAUAUUUCACUCGAUUCCCUGGCUAUUAUUGUACUGGUGAUGGCUGUAAGCGUGAUAAAGAUGGUUAUUAUUGGAUUACUGGACGAACUGAUGAUCUUUUAAAUGUGUCAGGUCACCUUUUAUCCACCGCUGAAGUUGAAGCAGCUCUGGUUGAACAUCCAGCAAUAGCAGAGACUGCCGCUGUAUCUACACCACACAAUGUUAAAGGAGAGUGUAUCUAUUGUUUUAUUGUUCUCAAAAAUGGUUUCGAUUAUUCUGCACAACUUGAAACUGAACUUAAAUCACAAGUUCGUCGUCGUAUUGGAGCAAUUGCUUCACCAGAAGUUAUUCAUGUAGCUUCGGCUCUACCAAAGACUCGAAGUGGUAAAAUAAUGCGUCGGUUACUUCGUAAAGUGGCCCGUGAUGAGCGUGAUGAACUUGGAGACACUUCAACUUUAGCUGAUGACUCUAUUCUAGAUGAACUUUUUCAAACUCGAAGUAUUUACGCAUAAAUCAAAUCAACUAAGAUCAACUAAAGCAAUCACAAUUUCACCUUAUAUAAAAAAGUGCACUUUAUUUCAUCCUUUUUUCAAGUACCUUUUAUUAUUCUCUUGUAUUUUCCCUCAAUCCUUUCUACUCUUUUCAUUAUCUUGCGUCUUUUUUGGUCAAUUUAUUGCAAUCAUAUUAUGGAUAUUAUAUUUUGAUGACCGAAAAAAGGACUUCAUCUCAAACUCAGAUAAACCAAUAAAGGGAAAAAGUUUUGAAUAUACCAGUUCUUGGCAAACGAUCUUGGCAAUCAAGAAAACGUAAAAUCAAAUUAUUUUCAUCACAUCAAGAAAUGUGGAUCAAAAUCAUAAUAAAUGGCGAUUAAAUUCAUUGCAAAUUUCAAUAAAAUUACUAUGAAAAUCAUUGUUUUGUACUUUAA